AGCCCUUUUCGCUUGAUAAAUUCCUUUUUUGGUUCGGCAUUCCCCCCUGGUUGAGCUCCCCGUCGGACGCCGUCCACUGUUGUCAGCCCUGCGUGGUUGUUCUCCGGCAAGUGUUGAAGAAGGCAUUGAGUUUCAGUUUACAUAGUUGUCAAUAAGCUUUUAAUCCAUAUACUGUCAGCAAACUUCACUUCAUGCGUAGCAGGAUUUUGAUGUUCAGGGAAGGUUGAUUAGUCUUAACAGUGAAUAUACUUCUUGACUGGCAGAAAGGAGCUUGUAAGCAUUUCUUCACCCACAUCAGUGGUAAAUGCUGAGUUGCUGACAAUAGUUUUUGCAUAGGGCUUCUGUUUCUUAUAUGUUCUCAUCCACCAGCUCUUUUCCAUGGACCCUAUGCAAAACCUAAGCAUUAGGAAAUCAACUUCAAAACCAACCUUAAAGGCAAAAGCCAAAAAGAAGAAGAAGAACCGUGCUGAAAGCGAGGCUCAAGUGGCAAAAGCCCCAUCAGACUUAUCUUUUGGUGUGGCAAAAGUUGCCAUUUCGCAGAUCUGUCAGUCAGUUGGCUUUAAGAGAACCCAGCUCUAUGCUGUUGAAACCUUAACUAAUGUUGCUGUAGAAUAUCUGCGAGCCAUUGGCAAAUCAGCUGCCUCUUUUUCCAAUGCCUCAAAUCGCACCAACGCCAACCUCUUUGACCUCAUCAAUGCUGUUCAUGACAUAUGCUCUGUGCGGGGAUUUCCCACAGCUUCAGAGAUGCACAAGAGUGAGCUGCUUAGAUCUGGAGCAUUGAGAGACAUUAUGAAAUUUUCCAGCCUUUAUAAAGAAUUAUCAUGUGCAAAGCCAAUUCCCUGCCCAAGUUUUUCUCCAUGUCCAAAUCCAGUACAACCCAUUGAUUCAAACACAUCCAUGGGCUGCUAUAAACAAAAUCUGCGAGGUUCUCACAUACCAAGAUGGCUGCCAGACUUUCCUCCCGAAAGCUCAUACAGGAUUUGCGGCCAGGUAAUUAAGGAAAGGAAAAAUGGUGAAAAAUUGUGGGAACAGUCAAUUCCCUUGGAGAUUUGUGGUGGUGGUAUUGAGGAAAAUAGGAAAGUAUUACAGACCGAUGAGGUAUGUGGGAAAGAAUUGAAUGAUGGAAGGAUGGAGCUGGCAAAAGAAAGAGGCAAGUUGAAGUUUAACAUUGGAAGGCAGAAAGAGCAAGCUUUUGGGUUAGAUAUGAAUAUGAACAGUGGUUUUUGUAGAGGAGGCAAACGUGUGUGUUGGAAUCACAGUGAAAUGAAUGAUUGCAUGUUUGAGGAUGGGAGUUUCCGUUCUGGGAAGUAUACGUCAAGUGUGCUUGCAAAUUUAUAAGACUGAUGUAUUUUGACUUUGAUUUGAAAGCGGAAGGUUGUAAGCCUCCGCACAGAAUUUUCCAGCCCUCGAAGAUUCAAGUUCAAUGGCGAGGGCCGAAUUCCAACUAAAGAUAUGUACUUGAGGGUUAAGGUAUGUAAUGGGCGUGGGACCAGGUGCCUAAGCUGGGGCUUUUGGAUAGGUCUCCUCCAUAAUGAUCAUAUUGAUCCUGAUGAUAAUUCUGAAGCUCAGUGUAAAAGAAAUUGUAUUAAUCUUUAUCUUUCUAUAGGAGAAACACACUUAUAGUACCGUCGGGAUUAAUGUGUUUGGAGGAAUUGUAUAAAUUUAGGUGCUUUUCUUCU